AUGUCUAAACAGGCACCUACAGCAGGGCCUGCCCUUGGAACGGCGGUGGCCAUGAUGGCCUUGGCGGUUUCGUGCCCGAUGGUAGAGGCGUUUUCGUUGUCGACACCAAGUUCCUUCGUCCGUUCUUCGGUCACAGGCUCCACCCGAACGGCGGUUAGGGGAUUGGGUCCUGUGUCGAUGUCCUCCCGACUGCGCAACGACGAUAAAGAGGGAAACACGGGAGCUUACGGCAAGGCUGCCUGGAGCGGAGCAGACCAAAACCAGCGUUCUAAGGAGGCUGCGGUCGGCGAGGUGUCGAUGUCAUCCCGACUUCGGGAGGACGAGUCGCGACCAAAACCGUUCUACGGCAAGGUCGCCUGGACAGGGGUACACAACCGACGCGCUGCGGACGCAGCCGCCCCGGAGACGGGCCCCUCGUUAUUGUCCCCCCACGCCGGCGGCGGGGGCGAGAGGAAGCAAGACCAGCGAACAAAGCUCAAGUACGAGAAGGCGGCCUGGACCUGGUCGGACAGACGCGAGAACUUUUCGGCGGGUCUCGGGGCGGGGAGCCCCGUUUCGUCGUCCCCUCUUCUGAGGGACGAAGAGGCUCCCACUGGGAGGUCGUACAGCAAGGUGGCAUGGAGCGUGGAGCAGCGAGGCGCUCGCUCUUCAAGACCCUUGGCACAGACUGCAUCCGCAUCGGGGGCGCCUCGCUCCCAGAACGACAACUUCGCUUCGAAGGCGGCUUCCUCGGAUGUAGACGUGGGAGGCCUUGUCGAGGGGCUCGUGAACGAGAUAAAAGAAGAAGAAUUCAAGGUCGAGGCGGUGCCCCCCGCGCAGCCCCGCACUCCAACCCCGUCGGUACAGAGCUAUAUAAACAAGCCGAAAAUCAAACUCGUGGAAGGCUUCGGCAAGGGACUCCUCGCGGAUAUUAAGGGCAAGGCCCCCUUCCUCAAGUCCGACAUCACCGACGGCUUCAGCAUCAAGGUGCUGUCGACGAUCUUCUUCCUGUUCUUCGCCUGCCUGGCCCCGGCUGUGGCGUUCGGAGGCAUGCUCGGCGUCGCCACCGCUGGUGCAAUGGGCACCAUCGAGAUGAUCGCCGCCACAGCCGUGUGCGGCAUGGUGUACGCCGCCCUCGCCGGGCAACCUCUGACCAUCAUCGGCAGCACCGGACCUGUUCUGGCCUUCAUCGCCGUCCUCUACAAGACCGCUGCUAGGAUGAGUCUGCCCUUCUUGCCGCUGUACACGUGGGUGGGAUUCUGGACGGCUGGGAUGCUCGGAGUUGCAAGCGCGUUCUCCCUGUCGAACAUGGUGCUGUUCUUCACGCGCUUCACUGACGAGAUCUUCUCGCUCUUGAUCUCCGUCAUCUUCAUCAUGGAGGCCACGAAGGACAUCACAGGCGUUUUCGCUUCGGCGGGAGUUCCUCUCGUGGCGGCCACUUCCACCCUGGUCGUGGCUCUGUCUACCUACGGCGUCGCCACCAUCCUCAAGUCGCUGCGCAGGACCCAAUUCCUCAACAAGCCCAUCCGCGAGUUCAUAGCUGACUUCGCGCCUACGCUUGGUGUGGCAACGGGAACCUUGGCUGCUAUGUGGGGCAAGAGCAGGUACGCCCUUGCUCUCCCCACGCUUACUGUACCCUCGGCGCUGACCACCACUGUCGGUCGCCCAUGGCUGGUGCCCUUCAUGACCCUCCCCGUGUGGGCUCGCUGGGCGGCGUUCUUCCCUGCCCUCAUGAGCACGGUGCUGCUCUUCAUGGACCAGAACAUCACGGUGCGCCUGGUCAACGCCAAGCAGCACAAGCUCAAGAAGGGGUACGGCAUGAACUUGGACAUGGGUAUCAUCGCGGGUCUCACGGCGGCAUGCAGCGUGUUCGGCCUACCCUGGCUCGUGGCCGCAACUGUGCGUUCGCUAGCACACGUGAAGAGCCUCACCAAGUACGACCAGCUGGGCUGGGGUCGGGGGGAGCGAAUUGCAGGCGUCGCGGAGCAGAGGGUUAGCGGGAUUGCAAUCCACGGCCUGAUCGGCGUGGCCAUCCUCAAGCUCCGCCCCCUGCUCGCCCAGAUUCCUCUACCGGUGACGACUGGCCUGUUCCUGUACCUCGGUGUGACGGGCCUCGCCGGAAACGAGAUGUGGGACAGGACCAAGUUGCUCUUUACCGACCCGAAGCUUCGUCCCAAGGCCGCUCCGUGGUCUAGGCUACCCGCGUCGAAGACCAACAUGUACACGAUGAUCCAGCUUGCCUGCCUCGGUUCCAUGAUGUGGGUAAAGGGCAGCCCGAUCGGAGUGCUCUUCCCCGUGCUAAUCGCGUUGCUGGCGCCUCUGCGGAUGCUGCUCGUCAAGACCCCAUUGUUCACCGAAGGCGACUUGUCGGUACUUGACUCCGAGGGAUGAAGAGAAGGAUUACCAAACCUUUGAUUUGAUGCCCUGAAGCGAGAUGUGAAGGUGGCGUGUGGACCUCUGCUGCUGUUUGGCGGUGAUAUUGGAGCGGGGUUCAUUCACGCAAGGCCUUUAUUUUUAUUUGAGCUAUUGCAUGUAGUAUAUACUGGUCCAACCCUACUGCUGGGAAUCGAUGAUUAAACAAGUACAAUGCUGCCCUGAGUAUUUCGGAGGGAAGGAAUGGGGACAGAGCAACACUGGAGAUCUUUGGACGCUCUUGCGCCAUUGGCGGAAGAGAAUUGGAGAUCAUGACUCUCGGACAAAAGAUGGUGCAAGGGAGUUGCUGCUGGCGAAGACGACGAAUGACGAGAUCGGGAAGAAUGUGCUGUGGAAUAUUUCAGGAAUAUUUUUGCGGGAAAGGUGGUAU